CGUCCCAUCCCAGCGGCCGAGGACAUGUCCCGGUCCCUUUCCAUCCUAUCCCAGCCCCAUCCCAUCCCGUUCCCCCCCCACGUCCCGUCCCAUCCCAUUCCUGCCGGGCCGGUGCCGGUGCCUGGUUCCGGUGCGGGUCGCUGGGGCUGCCCCCGCCCGUGGCUCCUCCCGCGCCGGCGGCUCCUCCUCGCCCGUGGCCGCGCCGAGCCCGGCGAUAUUUAACCUGGGCCGGGGAGCAGCGGCCCCAGCGACGGCCCCGGACACCGGCACCCGGGAGCCCCCGGACCCACCCGAGCCCCCUCGGAACCCCCAGAGCCCCCGGUCCCCAGCCCCGGGACCCGCACAGCCCCGGAGCCACCGCCGGCCCGGCCCCGCCAUGAGAGCCCCGGUGCCGGUGGCGCUGGGUUGCAUCAGCUUAGUGCUGUGUGUGCUGGAGCUGCCCGCCGGCCUGCCCCGGCCCCACGGCCGAGCGCACAGGCGCAGGGAGCCCCCGGACCGGAUCCCGUCCCUGCUGUCCCCCUUUGUGGACCCUGCGGUGCCGCAUGCUUCCGGCACUGCCCGGCACCGGCUGCCCGCGCCGUGGCCCCCCCCGGCACACGCGUCGCGGCACGGGCACCGGCACACGCGUGGCCGGCGGCACACGCAGCUGCUGCGCGUGGGCUGCGUGCUGGGCACGUGCCAGGUGCAGAACCUGAGCCACCGGCUCUGGCAGCUGCGGGGACAGUUGGGGCGCCAGGACUCGUCCCCCAUGAACCCCCACAGCCCCCACAGCUACGGGUGAUGGGGACCCCCGGCCCUCGCCCACUGCCCCCCCCCGCAUCUCCACUAAAGCACUUCCAGAGUCACGCGUGGCUGAGCUGCCUCUGCACACCCGUGGGGGCCAAGGAGCAUCCCCAUGGGGAGCUCCCAUCCCAUCGCCAACAGCAACACCAUGGAGCGGAGAGGACAUGAAGUUGGUGGCCCAUGGUGACAGCAGCGGCCCA